CGCAGGCUUCAGCGCACCGCUGCUUCGACCCACGACCACCGCAAUGACCGACAACUUUGCCGUCGCUGCUACUCCCCAAGCCCAUGCCGCCGACGUCGAGUUCCUCGUCCGGCGAGGGAUGACCAAGGGCUACCAACUGAUGUCUUUCGUCGCUCCACCGUUGUACGCUACCUUCGCGUUGUCUCGUUACGGCAGAGCCCAAUUUUCCGUCAACCGACUGCUACGUGCCACAUGGAUAGGAGGUGCUGCUGGCGUAGCCGGCGGCGGUGCCUUCGAGUAUGCCAGGACUGUGUACUCAAACCCUGACAAAGUUCGCAUCCGGCGAAUCAAGGAAGUAUAUGACACUUCCUCAAUACGAGCCGACGACCAUUCCACCAUUGGCUCCAUCCUGUUCGCUGUCUUGACCCCCGCUAUAAUGUGGAAGAGGGCCAGCACGGUCAAUCUGAUUCUCGGCGGUGCCGGUAUCGGGUCCGCUGUUGGUUUACUCGCACAUCAUGCAAGGACAGUCACUGGUGAUCCUGCACCCGUAGUACGCGCACCCGAUAUUCCCACCACGCCAGUUGAGCCAUCCCUAUCCCCCUGAAUGUUGACUUCAAAUUCGCGGGAUUUCUAAGUCAACACAUACACUGAUGCAUCAACAUCUUUACGAG